GCUACUGGUGAAGGGGGCCAUCGCCGGCAGGUGGAAUCAGCCGUGCGCAUUAAAAAGAAAAGGCAGUUUCGGACGUUUUCCAGUUUGAAAAAACGAAUCUUCGACGCGAAGACGAACUUUAAAAUCUCCCUCUCUCUCCUGGAGUGAAGGUGGGACGGUCAAACAAAGUGUCAGCAGAGGCGUUCCAGGAGUGGUAAGGGGAAUCUGAAUGCAACUGGGUAUGCUCUAGAGUCUAGAUCUUUUUCCAGCCCGACCGCGAGAGAGAGAGAGAGAGAAAGCUCCAAAAUUGAACGUGUUCCGUGACCCAGAUGAUGGUGUGGAGAGGUUUGUCUGAAAAUUUUUAAUCGGGGAAGCCUCCACGUUUGAAGAUUCUUUCAACCACGAAAGCCCACGGGUACCCUUCUCCCCUCUGAACGGUGAUUUGUCUCUUUUUCUUUCCGUCCUACUUAGUUGCUUUGCUCUCUUUUCUAGAUCCUCUUUUUGUCGGGCACUUUUGCUCUUUCUUGAUUGCUUGAAGUAUUCGCUUUUACUAUGUUAUCGUCCUCUUGCUCCAAGUUCAAUGCUUUGCCUGUUGCUGGCUAUGUUCUCGAUCGUGGGUUGUGGUCAGUUCGUCUAGAUUGUCUGUUUCCAGCAAUCGCAUGUCAUUGCUAAUAUUUGCCGAGUUGGAAGCAGGAGCUUUUGGGAAUAGGUAAAGCCUAGUUAUUGAUGGCUUCUGACUUUUCAAUUGAUCUUCUUAUUACUAUAGUCCUAAAAAAAUUAGUGUCUUUGGGGGAAAAAAGAAAAGAAUUAUGCUGGCUCCGUCUCUGGGAAGUGAUUUUAAGUUUUGGAUAGUUCUACUGUAUUGGCAUUUAUGAAACUUUCCUUUGGAUCUGUUGGGGUGUUUGUGAAUCCAGUCGUCAAGAUUUAUGUAUGUGUUUGCCAGGAGAUUCAGGCUCGGAUGUUUGUCUUUAUGGAAUGUAAUUACUGGAAACUCUAGCAAAUUGCUGAGUCUUGCUUUCUUUUCAACACGCAGAUGAUCCUCUUCGAUGCUGUUUGUUGAGUAAUUGUGUGGCAAAAAUCAGCCUUGUAGUUCCUUGAAGUCCGUAUUUAGAUGGACACUGUUGCAGCAGAUUAUUACUUGCCUUCCUUUCAGAAAUUAAAAGUCAAGAGAAGAUGAUGGUAUAUGGGCAAGUCCAACAGCUUUAAGUGGUUUGGAUAAUCUUUUGUGCUUGACGGGAAUAUGUUAUGGAAAUAAAGUCAUGCACUCUAUCUGAUGAAAUUGCCUAUUGAAAGGGGUGUUGCUCAGAUGCAGAAAGUUUUCUCCAGUUUGAAGAAAAUUAAUAACUUCCGCACUUCCUGAUAAAAAAAGUGAAUUGGGAAGAGAUCAACACAUAUUUUUUGUUCCGAGUUAGGCUAUGCGUUUUGUUUUUCCUUGUUUAAUCAGAUACACCAAUGUAUGAGGCAUUGGUGAUUUCCCUUGUUUAAUCUUCCUGUUUCUUUAUCGUAUAUGUAUUUACUGCUCGAUUGUGAGUGUUUUCUGGAUAGACUCUAGGAUUGAAACAUAGAAAUUUUAUUUUCACCAGGCUCUGGGAUUUCCAGAAUUUAAAGCUUUAUAGUUGGCUAAUGUUUUAUUCUGGUUUGGACAGAAUUAAGCAGCAGAGGCCUGGGUUUGGAAAGAGAAGAAGGGAAAAGACUGAGGAACUCAUUUUUUUCCCUUUGGCACCUGUUGUAUGGCAUUGGCAAUCUAAAUUUGAUCCUUGAGAAAACAAUGGGGAAUGAAAGCAGUUGGAGUGACAGUCUCAGCAAUAUUUUCAGGAAGUACCUUUUUCGUGUUUUAUCGUGUGGUGCUAUUCCCACUCACAUUGCUUUCAUUAUGGAUGGAAACCGGCGAUUUGCUAAGAAACAAAACAUGGUUGAAGGUGAGGGCCAUAGGGCUGGUUAUAAAUCCCUCAAAUCUAUGCUUAAUUACUGCUACGAACUUGGGGUCAAAUACAUUACGGUGUAUGCCUUUAGCAUUGAAAACUUUAAGAGAAAACCUGAGGAAGUCCAAUAUCUGAUGGAUCUGAUGAUAGAGAAAAUUGAUGAAUUGCUUCAAGAUGGAAGCAUUGUAAAUCAGCAUGGGAUGAGGUUGUACUUCAUAGGAAACCUGAAACUUCUAAGUGAGGAGGUCAGGACCGCAGCAGAGAAGGCAAUGAAGGCCACAGCCCACAAUAGCCGGACUGUGCUUUUGAUAUGUGUGGCGUAUACUUCAUACGAUGAAAUUGUUCAUGCUGUUAAAGAAUCCUGCGAAGAGAAGAUGAACAACAUUCAAGCAGAAAAUACUAUGAAGGCAGGUCGCAAUAGCACCGAUCAAAAUGGCAGUUGUGAGAAGAUGGAUGGUGUUUAUCCCUCUGAAAUUCAAGACUGCCAUAAACAUGAAGUGCAUGGAACUGUAAUACUAGGGAAAAAUGACGUACGCUGUAACGGGUUCAGCAAAUUGGAGGCAAGCGAAAAGAAGAAUGGAGUCAUCAAGCAUGCUGUUCCGGGAUUUCGUGGAGAAAAGUGGAAUGAAGUUCAGGAAUCCAUGCAAAGCCAAUUUUCCAAAGGCACUGUUGAAAGUAGUGACGAUGGUGAGAUGGUACGAGAAAUUAAACCUCUCAUAAAUCUGGUAGAUAUCGAGAAGCACAUGUACAUGGCAGUGGCUCCUGAUCCGGACAUCGUGAUCCGGAGUUCUGGGGAGACUCGUCUGAGCAACUUCCUGCUGUGGCAGACUGGCUACAGUCCCCUGUACUCUCCGGCUGUGCUCUGGCCGGAGAUCGGGCUGUGGCAUUUGGUGGGGGUGGUUUUGCACUACCAGCGAAAUUACUCGUAUCUGCAGAAGAAGAGGAAACAGUCAUGAGAUCAAAUUUCUUGCACUGCAUGAAAGUAGUGACAAUUUGCUUUGCUUUGGAUCUUUUCUCUGAGGCCCUGAUACACAGGUUCAGGUCACUGAUGAACUUCGAUGGUUCAGCUGCAAUUUUUGCGUUUUACUAAUAUAGGACUGCAACUCGUGGAGGGAGGGGAGGGAGCAGUCCAGUUGCUCUUGUUUCUGUUCUCAAACCAGUUGACUUGCUUGAUACUUGAUCAGCUCCUCACUCACCACGUCGAUGAUCAAGCAUCGAUCGAAUGAUCCACUGAUGGAGCAAGCUGGGACAGCCCCCAGCUAUUCGCAGGCACAUCCGUGUAACAUCAUGUUUUAUUAAUACUAGGCAAGAGGUGUCACUUACAUGAAUGGCAUACAUUGAAAGAAAAAUCAAUUUUUUUUUUUUUUUGGAAAAUAUGGAUGUCUCGGUCGCAGAAAUAGAAUGGCUAAAUUCCAAAAAUAAUGAUGCUCAGAUUC